AUGUGCGGCCACAACUACUGUGAGGCUUCAGUUUGUAAGGAUGUUACGACCUGUGAUGAGACCUCGGCAGUUGAUGGCCCUCGAAGGGACGACGAGCAAAAAGUGCGCCUGUUCGCAUGUACUGUCACACUAGGGAUCGUGCGCUUGAACCAUGAAGGCCUCAUAUGCUCGCUCAACACGAAGUGCCUAAUCAAACAAGGAUGUGACCAAUGGUCCUCUUUGACGUGGUAUCUCAGAUCGAGUCUGGGGUUUGCAACAUGGUGCAAGAGAAGAAACGAUUGCCAUAUGACUCGCCGUGCGUUGUUGCUGCUGAGCCUGUCGGCCUCUGAAGAAUGA